UAGACCGCGCUGACGCUCUCAAACACACACAUAGAGGGAGAUAUAAUUGGAGGGAGUGAGCGGGGAGAAGAGAACGGAGUGUGUGAGGAGUUGAUAUCACGGGUUUAGGGAGGGAUACAGUACUGUACAGUUGUCAGAGGGAGGAUUCGGAUUUCCGGUUAGCGGAACAGCAUGAUCUUAACCGCGGGUAGUGCCUCUUCAACCGAGGUGAUCUCACCGACGACUGUGGAUUGACAGACAGGCGCACAGAGAAACACACCGAGGACACAUUUACCUCAGAAAGAGUGUGAGGGUUUGUUUGUGUGUUGGUGUAACCACAUGAGCUCAUUGCUUGCCCAUGUGUCCUGACUGGGUUCGACUUCUCUGCCCGUGAUAACAUCCAAACGGCUCCUCUCUAUCUCUCCCUCCUCUCUUUCUCCCUGCAGAGGGAUGGGCUGCAGGCUUCCUAAGCUGCGGAGGACUGGGGAGGAGAAGAGUCCCGGGAAGAUCUACUCCACCCUCCGACGACCGCAGGUGGAGACCAAGGUGGGCGUGGCCUACACCUACCACUUUCUGGAUUUCCUGCUGGGGAAGGAAGAGGUGUCUGUGUCCUCAGUACUGUGUCUGUCGUCAGUGAGAGAAUUACCAGUUCAGGUGAGGGAGCUGUAUGGUCAGGGCUUCGUCCUGGUGGCUGUCCAUCCCUUUGUCCACCCUUGUGGCCCCAGGCCUGCACGCAUCCAACGCCAGCUACACAGAGCUGUCCUCAUCAGAGAGACACACAGUUCAGAGAACGAGCUGAAGUGGGCGGGGCUUCGCCUGGAGACAGACGUGUGUGUGGCGGGUCAACAGGCCCCUGACCCAGAAGUCAUCCAGAACUACGUGAAGAAGAUCCAGGACAUGGCGGAGCAAGGUAUGCUGUUUGUGGGCUUCCUGCAGCAGCCUGGCGGGGGACCCUGUUUCCUUGGGCACUUGGACCCUGAGGACCUGUCCUCCCUGCACUCCAGCCCCUCCCCCAUACACAGACACCCCACCAGUCCCUCAGAACCCAUGAUACUGGAUCCCAGCCCUACAGACUCUGCAGAACCCCACCAGAACCUCCUAGAACCAGAACACAACCGAAACACAGAAGUGAAAACACCAGAACACAAGUCGGUUGAACUCAGAACAAUUGAGCAGAACCCUACAGAUACCAGUCUGGUGGAGCUGGACUUGAGCUCCACAGGACCGCUAGAUCUCACACAGGACUCUACUCCAAUAGAAUCAUCAAACAGAGAACACGACCACAGUCCAGGCAAAAUAGCCUCAAUAGAAGACCAACCAAACCGCUGUCCAGAUGAACCAGCAGACUCACCAGAGAGACCCAGCCAAAGAGAUCCAGCUAGUGACCAACAGAACCACAACCACGCCCCAACAGAACUCCCUGGUGACCAGGAUCAACUACAGUCUGACAACACAAUAGAGACCACAUGUAUAGAGAGACAACAGAAUGAAAGCCAAGCAGACUUCCUCAGGAUUCUACUACCCAACUUCAGCCCAACAGAGUUAACACAUGGACUUGGUGGUCCAGACGCAGACAGACAGUGCCAGGAAGACAGACGGAGUCUAAGCCCUCAGACACAGAACCACAACCAGAGACCGGAAAUAGACCACGGCUCAGACAACCUGGUCCGGUCACCAGAACUAGACAACGGUGACCACGGGUCAGAGUCCGGGGCUGAGAGGGGGUAUAACCGUAGAAACGAGGGCACGGGCGGUGACCCGGGUGAGCAUCUGAGGAGCAGCAGAGUUCCGACCCACAACAACAACAAUCACAUCCGGGUCAAGAGUCCAGACAGAGAAAAGAGGGCUGUAGGGUCUCCACCAGCACAGAGCAGGGUGCAGCUGUUUGCCCUAUACAACCACACGGGGGAGCUGUCCAGCUCUCUGAGGUUCUACUCCCUCAGGGUUCCGCUGCAGCUGCAGAGAGAGGCAGGGCUAGUGACUGAGGUUGACGCCCACUGGCUGGAUCACAUGACCCAGCAUUUCACCAGCGGAGCUCACCUCAUUGACGGCUUCUUUCACCUUGGAGACGACAAUGACAGCGGGGUCUCCUCUGUGGACAGUGUGUUCAUCUUUCAGAGCUCCUCCGAAGAAACCCCACCCACUUCAUACGACGCCAUUGUAGUGGAGCAGUGGACCAUUGUCGAUGGUGUAGUGGUAAGGACAGACUACAUUCCUUUGCUCCAGUCUCUGGCUCCCUAUGGAUGGAGACUGACGUGUGUGCUGCCUACUCCCAUCGUUAAGACCAACAGUGAUGGCAGUUUGUCCACAAAGCAGAUCCUCUUCCUCCAGAGACCUGCCUUGCAACGCAACAGGAAAGACUUCAAGAAGUUGAACCUCAGGGGUCGGAACAAGCCGAAGAAAAACUCUGCUGGAGAAAUGCUAGAGAAGAAAGAGGAGAGAAAGGACACAUCCCCAGUGAUGGAGAGAGGGAUGGAUGGACAGAACAGGAACACGGAAGAGGAGGAGGAGAGAGAGCUUUGCACACUCUUGGCAUUCUCUCAACCAGCUUCACCUGGAAUGCUUUUCCAACCGUCUUGAAGGAGUUCCCACAUAUGCUAAGCACUUGUUGGCUGCUUUUCCUUCACUCUGCGAUCCAACUCAUCCCAAACCAUCUCAAUUUGGUUGAGGUGGGGGGAUUGUGGAGGCCAGGUCAUCUGAUGCCGCACUCCAUCACUCUCCUUGUUGGUAAAAUAGCCCUUACACAGCCCGAAGGUGUGUUGGGUCAUUGUCCUGUGGAAAAAAUGGAUUCGCCAUCCCAUCUGGUUUGCGCUUAGUGGAACUACCAGUCUCAACAUCAACAGUGAAGAGGUGACUCCAGGAUGAUGGCCUUAUAGACAGAGUUGCAAAGAAAAAGCCAUAUCUCAGACUGGCCAAUAAAAAGAAAAGAUUAAGAUGGGCAAAAUAACACUGGACAGAGGAACUCUGUCUAGAAGGCCAGCAUCCCGGAGUCGCCUCUUCACUGUUGACGUUGACUGGUGUUUUGUGGGCACUAUUUAAUGAAGCUGCUAGUUGAGGACUUGUGAGGCCUCUGUUUCUCAAACUAGACACUCUAAUGUACUUGUCCUCUUGCUCAGUUGUGCACUAAGGCCUCCCACUCCUCUUUCUAUUCUUUUUAGAGACAGUUUCUGCUGUUCUGUGAAGGGAGUAUUGCACAGCGUUGUACAAGAUCUUCAGUUUCUUGGCAAUUUCUCGUAUAGAAUAGCCUUCAUUUCUCAGAACAAGAAUAGACUGACGAUUUUCAGAAGAAAGUUGUGUUUUUGGCCAUUUUGAGCCUGCAAUCAAACUCACAAAUGCUGAUGCUCCAGAUACACAACUAGUCUAAAGAAGGCCAGUUUUAUUUCUUCUUUAAUCAAAACAACAGUUUUCAGCUGUGCUAACAUAAUUGUAAAAGUGUUUUCUAAUGAUCAAUUAGCCUUUUAAAAUGAUAAAAUUGGAUUAGCUAACAACGUGCCAUUGGAACACAGGAGUGAUGGUUGCUGAUAAUGGAAAUCUGUACGCCUGUGUAGAUAUUCCAUUAAAAAAUCAGCCGUUUCCAGCUACAAUAGUCAUUUAUAACAUUGACGAUGUCUACACUGCAUUUCUGAUCAAUUUGAUGUUAUUUAAAUGGACCAAAAAUGUGCUUUUCUUUCAAAAACAAGGACAUUUCUAAGUGACCCCAAAUUUUUGAACGGUAGUGUGUAUAUAUAUGGAUUUGUGUAUAUUCAUAUGGACUGCUGCCAACGUGUAACGGCUUCAAUCAUCCUUCAAGGCACACAUUUCACCUUCUGGCCUCAGAUGUUGUCGUUUGGAAUAGAGUGAAGUGGCCCCUAGAUGCUGAUCUUGGGUCAGUUUUUGCAUUUCCCCCACAAAUGGUCAAGGUUAGGAUUGAGGGAGGGUCCUAGAUCUGUACCUAAGGGAAACUUCACCCUGGAGUGUUGUCAUGUACUCACCUAGUAGGUAUUAUUUGCAAUUUUAAACUGGGUGGUUUGAACCCUGAAUUCUAAAUGCCUGAAAGGCAGGGUAUAUCAGACCGUAUACCACGGGUACGACAAAACAUUUAGUUUUACUGCUCUAAUUAUGUUUAUAAUAGCAAUAAGGUUCUUCCGGGGUUUGUGAUAUAUGGCCUAUAUACCACAUUGCGUCAUGCUUAAGAACAGCCCUUAGCCGUGGUAUAUUGGCCAUACACCACACCACCUCAGGCCUUACUGCCUAAAUAUGUGGAUAUGAUUUUGGACAGUUGUGCAUCUGCUUUGGGGCAAUGAGAACAUGCCGAUAAUGUAGGUCAGAGCCAUAAUUGCCAAGGCAACAUCAAUCAUACCACUGUUUAUAGAUCUAUUUGACAUGUAUCAUAGAAUACUGUACAUUUAAGGAGAUUUUCUCCACCUUUAUUUAACCCAUUUAAAGUCAAGGACAAUGGCCCUGUGUGAAUACUGAAAAUGUAUCCUCCAUUUAUCAUGAUUGCACACUUAACCCUAAUUGCUCCUGUAAGUCGCUCUGGAUAAGAGCGUAUGCUAAAAGAUUCAAAUGUAAAUGUAACAGUUGGAUAGGUGUCACUGUAUAGCUUUCCCUAAUCAUGUUAUGUUAGGUCAGUGAUUAUACUUUACAGAAGGCAUUUAUGGAAUACUUGUACAGCACUAUAGUCCCCUUCCUGUUGUUUGAGUGAUGUGGUAAACAAGUCUGGCACCCUAUACCCUAUGUAAUGCACUAUAUAGGGAAUAGGGUGCCAUUUGAGACAUAUUCUUUAUUACAGACAAACAGAAGGAAUAAACAAUUCUCAAAACAAUA